AUGCCCAGAACUACACGGGGACAGCUACGAGACGGCUUCCACCCGAGGAGGAGCACAACUACGGACGCCACCCUUGCUGGAUUCAUCCGUGCCCCGAUCACUGGGGUCCUAACCGAGGUACCUUUCAUCUCCGGAGGAACUGUGCAGGCGUUGGCUGGAGGAAGCGAACCCAUCACCAACACCCACCAGCUGAUCGGAAAGUUUCUGGCACUAUCCCCCCAAAGGCCGAACUGCGUGGAGCACUGCGACCGGUUCUACAAAUGGCUCCUGGGCAAGAACGUUGCCGGCACCUUGGUCAACAACAUUGUCGAGGCGAUUGCCGAGAAGGUUGAAGUUAUGAUGACUGGAGUCUACACGCCUGAAGACUUCGACAAUUAA